UGACCUCCCUCUGGCCCAAAUUGCUGACUGACCUCGGUUCCUGUCCCUCUCUUGUCAGGGUCCUAGAGACCCACCAGAUCGGCUCAACAGGAGGCCAGGCUCCGUUUUAGUAGGACGGCAGACGCUGAGGACUCCAGCUCCUGAGCUCCAAUCCCUCUAUGGAGGCGACGCUGAGCCUGGAGCCCGCCGGCCGCAGCUGCUGGGACGAGCCGCUGAGCAUCUCCGUGCGCGGCCUGGCCCCCGAGCAGCCCGUCACGCUGCGCGCGGCCCUGCGCGACGAGAAGGGCGCGCUCUUCAGCGCCCACGCGCGCUACCGCGCCGAUGCCCACGGAGAGCUGGACCUGGCGCGCGCGCCCGCGCUGGGCGGCAGCUUCGCGGGGCUCGAGCCCAUGGGGCUGCUCUGGGCCAUGGAGCCCGACAGGCCUUUCUGGCGUCUGGUCAAGCGCGACGUGCAGACGCCCUUCGUGGUGGAGCUGGAGGUGCUGGAGGGACACGAGCCCGAGGGCGGGCGGCAGCUGGCGAAGGCGGUGCACGAGCGUCACUUCAUGGCCCCUGGGGUGAGGCGCGUGCCCGUGCGCGAGGGCCGGGUGCGCGCCACGCUCUUCCUGCCUCCAGGAGAAGGACCCUUUCCAGGGAUCAUCGAUGUGUAUGGUGUUGGAGGAGGCCUGUUGGAAUACCGAGCCAGCCUGGUGGCUGGCCGGGGCUUUGCCACAUUGGCUCUGGCUUUUUAUGGUUUUGAAGAUCUCCCUAAGGAAUUGGAUGUCAUAGAAGUGGACUACUUGGAAGAGGCAGUGUGCUACAUGUGUCAACACCCCCAGGUAAAAGGCCCAAACAUUGGGCUUCUGGGUAUUUCUCUGGGAGCUGAUUUGUGUCUCUGCAUGGCUUCAUUCUUGAAGAAUGUCUCGGCCACCGUUUCCAUCAAUGGCUCUGCGUUCAGUGGCAACAGAUCCAUACACUACAAGGGGACUGUGAUACCACCACUGGGCCAUGACCUGAGGAGAUCGAAGGUGGCUUUCUCUGGCAUUCUGGACAUUGUGGAUAUACGGAAUGACACCAUAGGAGGCUGUGAGAACCCCAGCAUGAUUCCGAUAGAGAAGGCCAAGGGGCCCAUCCUCUUCAUCGUUGGUCAGGAUGACCGCUGCUGGAGGAGCAGCUUAUACGCUCAGAUAGCCUCGGACCGGUUACAGGCUCACAGGAAGGAGAGGCCCCAGAUAAUCUGUUACCCUGGGACUGGGCAUUACAUUGAGCCUCCUUACUUCCCCAUGUGCCCAGCUUCCCUGCACAAAAUAGUGAACAAAGCUGUGAUUUGGGGAGGGGAGGUCAGAGCUCACUCCAAAGCCCAGAUAGACGCAUGGAAGCAAAUCCUGUCCUUCUUUGGCAAACACUUGGACUGUACCCAGAGCAGCACUUCCUCUAGGUUGUAGUGCGUUUGCCUGUUGCUGACAUGGUAGGUUCAAGGUCAAAUUUUGAUGUUCAGUAACUUUAAGAGAAUCAUUAUUCUGCUGGAUCAUAUUAAACUUGUAUUUGGGGUAUUAGUGGUUUAUAGGUCACUUUA